GAUUUCCGUCAAACGGACUUUUCAUCGGGAUCGGAGUUACAAAAUUUCUACACCGCCACGUUGAUUACUUCCCCCUACGGACACCGGCUUGAGGAGUGCUGAAAGAAAGAUGAAGUUGUGGAUUAUAGCUGUGCUGAUCAGUUUUGCUGGUAACAGUUUAUCAGAAGAAGACAAUGUUGCAAGACUUUUGGCCUCUAAAACUGUUUUAAACCAGUAUCUAGUGGAAGGCAGAGAUUUAACUGUAGAAUAUACCAUCUAUAAUAUUGGGGGAAGUGCUGCUCUGAAUGUUAACUUAAAAGAGGAGGGUUUCCCUGAACAAGACUUUGAGGUUGUCAAAGGCAACUUAAAAGUGAAAUGGGAAAGAAUAGCACCUGGCACUAACGUGUCCCAUGCCGUUGUUCUCCGUCCAUUACAGUUUGGCUACUUCAACUUUACUGCAGCCGAGGUCUCUUACAAACCCACCGAAAAUGCGGCAACAGAAGUGAUUGGAUUUACAAGCGCCCCAGGAGAGGGUGGCAUUGUUGGCAGCAAAGACUUUGACAGGAAAUUCUCCCCUCAUGUUUUGGAUUGGUUGGUUUUUGCCAUCAUGACCCUGCCAUCUCUCACCAUUCCAUUUUUACUCUUCUACAGAAGCAAGAGCAGAUACGAUACACCCAAGCCGAAAAAGAACUAAAUACUAAUAUAUUUAAAUUUUUUACAUUUUUUUUUCAAUUUUUCUUUUAUAAUAAAUUUUCUGAAAACUA